GUGUCGGGAAAAAGAUUCGUGACGCGAUUGCGCCAGGCGUUACAGCCACGUGCAGCGGGGUCCUGGAGCCUGUUGUCCUCUUUCCCAGUUCCUGAGGUCCCAGUGCUUGGCGCCACUAUCGAUAGACUGGGGAAAGGGGCUCGUUCCUCCCGCCUUCAGCGAGUGCGCAGGUCCCUGUACGGAGUGCUCCUAGUUACAUAAUCGUUCGGGAACCUGCGGUUGCUUGUGAUUGGCACAGUGGAACGAUCUAGAAUUUGCAGGUUCGGGUGUAAAGCCAGAUAUGUUGCACAACUCUCAUUCAAAUGAUAUUCCUCAACGUCAUGACUCAAAUUAUGGUAGCACAAAUAAGAAGCAUUCAUUGGAUGAACGUGAUAACUUUAUAACAAGGAGCAGGAGUUUGCGGAGCCCAAUGCACUGCACACGAGAGUCAAGAGAGGAACCUCCAGGGCCUGAAGCUGGAACAGAUCCCUCUGAUGGGCAACGAGAUUCACAGUACAAAACAAACAAAGAAAUAACCUUAGGAAAAGAAGUAUUAUUAUUGAUGCAAGCCUUAAACAGUCUUUCAACUCCAGAGGAGAAGCUGGCAGCUCUCUGUAAGAAAUAUGCUGAUCUCCUGGAAGAGAGCAGGAACUUUCAGAAGCAAGUGAAAAUUCUGCAGAAGAAGCAAGCCCAGAUUGUGAAAGAGAAAGUUCACUUGCAGAGUGAACACAGCAAGGCUGUCUUGGCAAGAAGCAAACUAGAGUCUCUUUGCAGGGAACUUCAGCGUCACAAUAAGACGUUAAAGGAAGAAAAUAUGCAGCAGGCAAGACAAGAAGAAGAAACACAUAAAGAAGCAACUGCGCAUUUCCAGUUUACUUUGGAUGAGAUCCAGACACAGCUAGAACAACAUGAUGUAUACAACACCAAGCUCCGCCAGGAAAACUUUGAACUGGGAGAAAAACUGAAGAAACUUAUUGAACAGUAUGCACUGAGGGAGGAGCAUAUUGAUAAAGUGUUCAAGCAUAAGGAACUGCAGCAACAGCUUGUGGAUGUCAAGCUUCAGCAGACAACACAGCUCAUAAAGGAAGCUGAUGAAAAGCAUCAAAGGGAAAGAAAGUCUCUAUUAAAAGAUGUGACAGAAUGGAGGCACAAAUAUGAAGAAAUGAAGCAGCAAGAAGUACAAUUAAAACAGCAGCUUUCUCUCUAUAUGGAUAAGUUUGAAGAAUUCCAGACUACCAUGACAAAAAGCAAUGAACUCUUUACAACCGUGAGGCAGGAAAUAGAAAAGAUGACAAAGAAAAUUAAAAAACUGGAAAAAGAAAUGAUAAUGUGGCGUACCAAAUGGGAAAAUAAUAAUAAAGUACUUCUGCAAAUGGCUGAAGAGAAAACUGUUCGUGAUAAAGAGUACAAAGACUUUCAAAUAAAACUGGAACGGUUAGAGAAGCUGUGCAGAGCUCUUCAGAUGGAAAGAAAUGAGCUGAAUGAGAAGGUGGAAAUCUUGAAAGAGCAGGUCUCUGUAAAUGCAGCAAAUGUAGAUUUAGCAACACCUGUGAUACAGCCUUGUGUUGCUUUUGAUUCUCAGAAAGAGUUGAACACCUCCUCUAAAAGGGCUCCAGGAGGCUGCUGGGAGGCUGAGCCCAAAGGAUUGAGUGAAACAAAACACAGCUCAAAAGACCCUCUCUGUUGGACUACAUGGUACUGGAGGCUGCCUGGCUGUUGUACAUUGUUUUAAUGCAUACAGUUUCCACAGCUGUAUUGCACAUCUGCCUUACUUUUCCUUCAUUGAAGUGCGUGUGUUUAUUGCUUUUUUUUUUUAAUGUAUCUCUUUAUGUGCUUAUUACGUUAUCUCUGCAUCUUGCAUAUAAUUUAACAGAAUUAAAUUGAGACUUGUUCUGAUAAUGGUUCCUCUAUGUAAGGACAAAUACUAAUUUAAUCUCUAGUCCAUUAAUAUAAAAGAGAGAAAAUAUAAAGAUGAUCAGAUUCAUCUGGUAGUUCAUUUGAAUAUCAAGUAAAAAUAUACAUGCAGUAUGGAAUAUGAAAGAAGUACUGCACAUUUGAUUCAGAUGAGUUCUUGAUGCUCUUUUUGUCACUUGACAAACUGAGUUAAUGGCAUGUUUGGACUCCCUAAAGUUAUGGCAGAAUAUGUACAGGAAGAUUUCAUUUAUAAAGAAAGCAUGAUAUGGUAGGCAGUUCAUUGGACAAACAGGCUGAAAGUUGUGUGACUGAAAAUAGUUGUAUUGCUUUAGUUUCAAGUUGGAACAGAUGUUUGAAAAAAUAAAUCAGUAUUCAGAUGUCCACAUUUAGAAUGGGGAACAUUCUGAAGUUUCUAAUUUUGUUCUUUAUUUUUUCCUUCAGUUCAGUGUCUAAAAGCUCAAUGAUUCUCUUUAUAUGUUCCUGUCACAUUUAUGAUCUAAAAAGGCUUAAAAAUUGUAUUUUCUAAGAGAAAAGAGAGCCCAGAGUUUGAGAUACUUACACUUACAUCACUGACCUUGAUAGCCAAGGCUCCAGACAGUGAAGGAAAAGAACUUGCAUGAAAUUUAACUAAUUACUGUGUGAAAAUUAGCAAAACCAAACACAGUCCCCAGCAACUUUUUUUAAGUAUCUCUUUCAGUUCACCAAAUGAAAUUUUAGACUUGCUUCUAAGGGGAAGUAAUGAUGCAGGUCAGAAAUAACAACUUACCUUAAAAUUAUGUGAUUAAUCAUAUUUCACCAGAAUCCUUCUGCUUAUAAACUUUUAUCAUUUUGUUAAGGUAGUAUUGUGGCCUGCCACGCUGCUUUCUUUGUUUUUGUUUAUCUUUUUUUUAAUGUGUGGGAGGUAAUUAGGUUUACUGACUUAUUUCUAUUUUGAGGAUGUACUGGGUAUUGAACUUGGGACCUCGUGCAUGGUAAGCAUGUGUUCUGCUACUUGAGCUAUACCCUCAUCCCACCACCAUCCUUCUUUGUGGCAUUUAUUUUGUAUGGAAGAUGAAUCCUGGCCUGAAAGCUACCUGCUUGACAGCAUUUAGUGUACUGUUUGGAUGUGCUCCAUAUAGUAGAUACUAUGUGUAAUAAUAUAAGAUAUUCAAAGGAUCUACAUUCUGUUUGGAAAGCAUUUGGUUUCCCUUUGGAACAUUUCCUCUGGUUAAUUGAUAAUGUCAGCCCCUUUUUCACUCAAACCUUGUUUCAAAACACUUUAGCUUACCUAGGAAUUUAAAUGUUAUAGUGAGUUAAAUUGUGUUUGUUGCACCAUUUUGUGGAAACUUUUGGUAAAAUCUAUAGUGGCAGUGGAUUCCAAUGUAUAGAAAAGAUAGGAGUGUAGAAUAAUAAACCAUUUCAUUUUCAGAUGGGAGGGGCUAGAUAUUCUGGUUAUGAGACCAUUAUUUUAAAGUUAUGUAUUAAACAGUCUUAUAACAGUAGUUUAUUCACAGUUGAUUUCUCAGGUGUUGCAGAAAUAUCUACCUCUUUCCGACUGUAAGUGAAAAUUAGUGAAAAAAGAUGCAGUGCUCUAUUUUUACAACUGACAUUUUUCAUGAAGAUUAAAAAAUGGAUGAGGCAGUCUUAUUUUGCUUUUCAAAGACAUUUUAUAGAUUUUUCACAAAUGUGGAUCUUAUUUUUGUGUACUCUGUUAAGGUUAAAUAAAUACAUAUGAAGUAA